UCACACUCAAACAGAAGGCGGCUCUGGAAUGUCACCCACCCCUCCUCCUCCUGUUGGAACAGGCACAAACUUUUCUUUUUUGGGAGAGAUUUCCCCUCCAGUGUCUCCCCUCCUCCUUGCUACGUGGUACUUGCACUGAUCCCAGGAACCACAUCACCGGAGACCAGUUUAAAGGAGAAAAGCAACAGAUUUCGAGAAACUUUGAAAAACCCAAAUCAAGUAAAUCCAAGAAGGAGCAAAAAAAGGGAAAAAAACUGGUGCCAGACCUGGAGGAAAUUCCAAGAGGAACAAUUUAAGUUCCAAAAGCAACAAAGCCAGAUGUGUGCUGGUGUUUGGACUUCUCAUAGCGACAGGGAAUCUGAAAUCGGAUCGGGGAGUUAAUGGAGAACUGGUUUUGUGCAUGGAACUAAUUUGUGCCCAGUGAAGUGACUGUGUAUGUACAGAAGCAGCUUUCUGAAGAACAUUUGUUUGGAUCAGAACCGUAAUGGCCCAGGGCCCACGUUGUGUCGUUAUCCUUGUGUGUCUGGCAGUUGCACCAGUGAAGGCUCAGUAUGAACGAUACAGCUUCCGGAGUUACCCACGGGAUGAACUGAUGCCGCUGGAGUCUGCCUACAGGUACGGCUUGGACCAGUACACGGGCGAGAAGUGGCCGGAGUCCGUUAAUUAUCUAGAGAUCAGCCUGAGGUUGUACCGGCUGCUGCGAGACAGCGAGGCCUUCUGCAACCUCAACUGCUCCUCUGCCCAAAUUCAGCACAGCCCCACGGGCCCGGGGGACACUAUAGAUGCCGAGGGAGGACGCUUUGGUGAAUUCCAUGAACUCAGGGUAUUUGGAGACGUGCUCGUGAGGGCCCAGUGCCUGAAGAGAUGUAAGCAAGGGCUGCCGGCCUUUAGACAGUCCCAGCCAAGCCGAGAGACCCUAGAGGAGUUCCAGAGCAGAGAGCCGUACAAGUUCCUACAGUACGCCUACUUCAAGACAAACAACUUGCCCAAGGCAAUUGCGGCUGCGCAAACAUUCCUGACACUGCACCCAGAAGACGAGAUGAUGAAGAGAAACAUGGCUUAUUACAAGAGCAUGCCUGAUUCUGAUACGCACAUCAAGGAUCUGGAGUCCAAGGCAUACGAGAGUUUAUUCAUCAGAGCAGUGAGGGCCUACAACGGAGAGAACUGGAGAACAUCCAUUUCCGAUAUGGAACUUGCCCUACCGGACUUUUUCAAGACCUUUGAGGAAUGCACUGCGGCCUGUGAUGGGUCCCGGGAAAUCAACACAUUCAAAGACUUUUAUCAUUCCGUAGCAGACCACUACACUGAAGUGCUGAAAUGUAAACUCAAGUGUGAGAGUUACCUCACUCCUGUGAUUGGAGGCUACGUCGUGGAGAAAUUUGUGGCCACCAUGUACCAUUAUCUGCAGUACGCCUAUUAUAAAUUAAAUGACGUUAAAAAUGCUGCCCCGUGUGUGGCAAGUUACCUGCUCUUUGACCAAGAAGACGAAGUGAUGAAGCAGAACAUGGUCUACUACCAGUAUCACAGGGACAAAUGGGGGCUCAAUGAUGACCACUUCAAGCCCCGACCGGAAGCAGUGAAGUUUUAUAAUGUUACCACCUUGCAGAGAAAACUCUAUGACUUUGCCCUAGAGAAACUGACAGACAACGAUGAGGGAGACGUUGUCGAGUAUCUGGAUGAACUCUUGGCUGAGCAGUGGUAAAGAUACUUUUGAAUGUCUCAUUCCGUCCCUGUCAUAAGGGAGAUGGCUGUUCAUAUGGGACACCAGUUGCCCAAACCCUCUUUGGAAGUCUCCUCCAAAACACAAUGGUCUUCAGUCUUCAGAGACUUUAACAUUUGGAGAAUGAUUCACUCUUGAGCCUGUUUCCAUGUGGGUUUUGGCAAAACCACGGACAAUGUACAGGGAAAUCUGUCUGGACUUUUUUUUUUUUUUUAAUAAACAUUUUUGUGGCAGGUAUUUUUGAAUGGUUCUAAUAAUAAAAACUACUGCCACCCCCUUAAUAAAAACCCAUCUAGAUCCAAAA